GAUAGUUUUGCCGUCCUUAAUUUCACGCAAUUGUGUUUAACUACAUGUUUUGGCUGGGAUAAAAUCAAAGUACUCAACUAUAAAACUAUUAGUCACAGGCAUUGGUGCAAAAAUGGCUCUGGCCAUUAAAAAACCGCAGACUUUCAUUGAGACGAUAGUUGGUGUGCCGCCCCUGAAAAAGCUCCGCUUGCAGGCAUUGGCGGCGCCAACGAGCAAACCGAAAGCAAAACCGGAAAGGAAACUUCAAGUAUUAGGACUUCUUGAUCCUUAUCUACCGGUCAGUACUGGCAGCAAUAGCAUCAUUGUGCCUGGCAUUGGCACUGUGCCAGCUGCGAGCACCGGUGCCAGCAACACUUGCCAGACGAAGGAGCUACUGGAAGUGCUGGUUAAGAUUACAGACGAAAUUACCUACGAGAAUGUGCAGAUAGCCGAGUUAAAGGAGACCGCCACAAAGAUCUUUCAGCUGUAUCAGCUGCAGGAACGCGACAGCGACACCUCGGUGCGUGUGAAACUGCUGGAGCUGCUGUCGGGUCUGGGUUGCGAGUGCGGAACAGAGGAGGGCAUCACCCUAAUCAUCGACUACUUCAUCUACCUGCUGCGCAAGGAGACCUCACAGAAGGUGCUCGCCCAGGGCAUGAUGUGCCUGUUUCGCAUUGGUCAGCAGCGUCGCCAGAUGGUGCCGCUAGCAUACAACACUCAAGUGGCGCACCUAGCCAAAGAGUUGCUACGAAGCGGGUCCACGCACACACAGAAGAAUGCAAUGCUGGUGAUAGGACGAUUUGCCACCUGCCACGAGAGCGAGCGCCAGUAUGUCUGGAAGCUGGCCUUCUACAUCGAUUCACAGGACUCAGGCGUGCGUGCCCAGGCGCUGCAUGCGCUGCUGACACUUGGCGAGCGGGGCUCCCAUCUGCCGCCGGUGUUGUACAAGCGUGCCGUCGAAGCCAUGAAGGAUGACUACGAGUGCGUGCGCAAAGAGGCGUUGCGUCUGGUGCACAUGCUCGGCAACCGGCAUCCGGACUACAUUAUCAACGUGGAGCGCCACCACGAGGACAUACGCAUGAUCGAUGCAGCCUUCAGCAAGGUGUGCGAGGCGCUCUGCGAUCUCUCGCUGCAGAUACGUGUGUUGGCCGCCGAGCUGUUGGGCAGCAUGACGCAUGUCAGCAGCGAGUUCCUGCACCAGACGCUGGACAAGAAGCUGAUGAGUAAUCUGCGGCGCAAGCGCAACGCCCACGAACGGGGCGCCCAUCUGGUCACCAGCGGCGAAUGGUCGUCGGGCAAACGAUGGGCGGACGAUGCGCCGCAAGAGCAUCUGGAUGCGCGCACCAUUUCACUAAUAGCCAGCGGGGCCUGUGGAGCACUUGUACACGGCCUAGAGGAUGAGUUCCUGGAGGUGCGCACAGCUGCGGUUGGCUCAAUGUGCAAGCUGGCCAUGUCGCAUCCGGAAUUCGCGGUGACCAGCUUGGAUUUCCUGGUGGACAUGUUCAACGAUGAGAUCGAGGAUGUGCGCCUGAAGGCCAUCUACAGCCUGACGGCCAUUGCCCGACAUAUAGUGCUGCGUGAGGAUCAACUAGAGAUCAUGCUCGGUUCCCUAGAGGAUUACUCAGUUGAUGUGCGCGAGGGCCUGCAUCUGAUGCUCGGCGCCUGCCGCGUCUCCACGCAGACCUGCCUGCUGAUGGUCGUGCAGAAGCUGCUCGAUGUGUUGGCCAAAUAUCCACAGGAUCGACACUCGACGUAUGCCUGCAUGCGCAAGAUUGGCCAGAAGCAUCCGCACUUGGUGAUGGCCGUCACUGGGCAUCUGCUCUAUGUGCAUCCGUUCUUCGAGACGCCCGAACGUGAUGUCGAGGAUCCCGCCUAUCUGUGCGUUCUUAUUCUGGUAUUCAACGCCGCCGAGCACCUGGUUCCCAUCAUCAGCCUGUUGCCCACGGCCACCCACCGGCACUAUGCGUAUCUGCGCGAUUCCAUGCCCAAACUGGUGCCGCAGCUGCCCAUCGAAGGCGCCUCCUCUGUCUCCACAACAAAGCGCGUCGAAGAUGCCCUCCAGGCCGCCGGCAGCUCAGCGGAAUAUCUGCAAAUGAUUCUCAACCAUAUUGGCGAGAUAUUCACGAUGACAGACGAGCGCGUUGAAUUGCUCAAGACGGCCCAAUCGAAUCUCCAGCGCUUAGGUGCCAUCGACUCGGAUAUGUAUGGCCCAUCGAACUUCCUGGAGACCUUCCUCUCGGCGCAGAUACAAAUCGAGCAGAUGCAGCGCUGCGCCAGAACCCAGCGCAGUCGUGUGCCGCUUAAGGAGUCGCUGGCGGAGCUGAUACGCAACUGCCUGAAGUUGCAGCACACGUUCUCCGGGCUCAACUACGGCGACAUUCUGCAGGUGAAGCAGCUGCGAUUGCGCGCCAGCGCCCUGCACUUGGUGCUAGUGGUGCGCGACAGAUCGCAAAGCGCGCUAGGUCCUUGCCAGAUGCUGUUGCAGACCGCCGGCGACAUUAGCGCGUUUAUGCGCAGCCGCAGCACCAGCAGUUCCUUUGGCGAGCAGAAGAGCAUGGAGGUGGACCCAAAACUAAAGCUGAAGCCUCAGUUGGGAGAGCCUGAACCGGACAGCUUUACCCGCUCGCUACUGUCCAAGCUGGACGCGAUUGUUGACCCGAAGCCGGGACGCGUAUUUCGAGAGAUUCUGCCACUGGUGCAGCAUGCGCCGCCAUUGGCGCUGCCGCCGGCCAACGAGAAAAUUCGGCGCUGCAUGGCCAACAUAUUAGAGCCGUGUCCGGUGCAGUCGCAGGAUAACGUUAUCAAAGUGACCGCCGGCCUGAUUGCCGCCGUGCCAUUCGUGGCCGAGAUUGACAAUCUAUUGGAGUCCCAGAAGGCGGACAUGCGCAUAAAAAUCAAGUACCCAGACCAGCACAUGCACACCGUGGUGCCCAAGAUGACCGACUUUAAGCCCAUCAUGACGGAGCAGGGUGAGCACGAGACGAAUGUACGAUUGCGCACAACCAUUCUGCUCUCGCACAGCGUCUGGACGGAGGCGUCAUUGGUGGAGAUACAACUGUGCCUGGCCGUGCGACCCGGCAGCGAGCUGGAGCUGUGCAAGCCCGCCAAGGUACUCUUUGCACCCAAACCAGUGCGGCGGGGUAUUUAGCCAACUGGCGAAAACGGGAAGCGGCCAAAAAAACUGACAACGUGUACAUUACCAAAAACACACACGAGUAUAUCAUAUGUUAAUGCAUAAGUAUGUUUAAUUCAAAAAAAAAAAAAAAAAACAAUCGCCUUAAAAAUUUUGUGAUUGUGGUCGAUGCAUCGCUAAAUGAAAUAAAAUUAUGAAAUACGCUUUCAUUACAAUGUACAAAUA